GCGUGACCGCGUGAGUUCGAGUCUCAGGCGUCAGGCCCAGUGUGUCAGAUCGCGACGGUCGCAAGUCGCGCCCUUCGCCUCCUCCGCCCCCCACCUCGCCGAUCCCGACCGGAGCCGGAAGUCCCUGUCGCCAUGGCGGUGCGCUCGACGGUCUCCCGCUUCCCCGUGACGCAGGAGGCGCUGGACGCGUGCGGCAUCCAGUGGGGCAUCUCCGUGACGCCCUUCGCCGCCGCCGACGAGCGCGGCCAGCCGCCGGCUGCCGGCGCCUCCGGCGACCGCGUCCCGCGCUGCGAGCACUGCUGGGCAUACUUCAAUACCUUCUGCGACGUGGAGCGCUGGGGCUGGGGCUGCGCCCUCUGCGGCACCCUCAACGGCUUCGACGACGACGCCCUCCGCCGCCUCGACCGCCCAGAAACGUGCCCUGAGCUCAACUCCUCCUUCGUCGACUUCGAGAUCCCGGUGGACGAGGUGGAUGGUGCAGGUGACGGCGUGCCUGCACGGCCUGUGUAUGUGGCAGCAGUGGAUCUUGCUUGUUCUGAAGAGUUCCUGGAACUCAUCAAGAGUGCACUUUUGGCAGCCCUAGAAGCUCUGAUUCCAGGCUCCCUGUUUGGGCUUAUGACAUUCAGCCACAAGAUUGGGUUGUAUGACGUACAAGGUCCAAUCCCUGUUGUGAAAAAUGUUUUCAUUCCUUCAGACUUAGAGGAAGAUGGACUGCCUGUUGCUCUAGAAGAUGCCAUGCCACUACUUUCCUUUUUGGCCCCUGUUGAUACAUGCAAGGAUCGAAUUGCCGCUGCCCUGGAGACGCUGCGACCUACAUCUUCGUGGGAGAGAGGUGCUGCCUCCGGGCAGGAUGCUGAUACUGUUUUGCCUGGGGGCCGGGGUUUUGGAACAGCCAUGUCUGGUCUAGUUGACUACCUAAGUUCAGAGUAUGGGUCUACUUUUGCUUUGGCUAGGGUGUUUGCUUUUCUGUCUGGUGCUCCAGAUUAUGGAGAUGGUCAACUAGACACUAGGAGAUAUGGUGAGCAAUAUGCUAGCAAAGGGGAAGAUGCUGACCUUGCGUUGCUUCCUGAACAGAUACCUUUCUAUAGAGAUCUAGCAGCUGUUGCUGUUCAAGCAGGAGUAUGUGUAGACAUAUUUGCUGUAACUGAUGAAUAUACCGAUUUGGCUUCAUUGAAGUUUUUAAGUAUCGAAAGUGGCGGGUCGUUAUUUCUUUAUGCAAAUACGGAUGAUUCAACACUUCCUCAGGACAUAUAUCGCCUGUUGAGUCGACCCUAUGCAUUUGGUUGUGUUCUUAGGCUGAGAACAUCUUCAGAUUUUGAACCUGGCCACUCUUAUGGCCAUUUCUUCCCUGAUCCUCAGUAUGAAAAUGUGCAACAUAUCAUCUGCUGUGAUUCUUUUGCUACUUAUGCCUAUGACUUUGACUUUACCCAUUCUGAUGGAUUCUCCAGGCAUACAGAACCUGCUGUUGUGCAAAUCGCUUUUCAGUACAGUGUUGUUGAGCCUGUAGAGGCAUCAGGUUAUGGACCACCAUCAAAUCCAAGCUACAAGUUUUGUCUCAAGAGACGGUUAAGAAUAAGGACAUUGCAGUAUCGACCUGCUAAGAAUAUCAAUGAAAUCUAUGACAGUGUUGAUGCAGAGGCUGUCCUACAUAUCCUUGUUCAUAAGGUUAUUUUGGUUUCACUGGAUAACGGGGUUAGAGAAGGCAGACAUUCGGUGCAUGAUUGGCUGGCUAUCCUUAUAGCUCGGUAUAAUGAUGCAUUGAGAGCUGAUGCACGAACUCCAGAAUCGCACAUUGACAUUGACUUCUCACAGUGCCCACAGCUGCAAAUGGUACCUCAAUUUGUGUUUGCAUUGUUGAGGAGCCCUCUUCUUCGCUUGCAUGAAGAAGGGAUUCACCCAGAUUACAGGAUAUAUCUGCAAUGCCUUUUCAGCACACUGGAUCCAUCUUCCCUAGCUAAAGCUAUAUAUCCCGUUCUAAUUUCAUAUUCCUCACCUAAUAAACAAGCAUUCCCACGGCACACUUUGAGCCGUGCUGCUCUAACCAUGAGCGAGAGCCCGAUAUUUCUUCUCGAUGCAUUUACCAACCUCAUCGUUUACUAUUCAUCGACUGCUGAUCCUUCACUUCCUUUUCCUCCACCCCAUGACUGUCUUUUGAGAACAAAGAUUAAUGUGUUGAAGCAGGACAGGUGUAUAACACCAAAGCUUGCUUUCGUCCGCGGAGGACAAGAUGAUUCAUCAUUGUUUGAGAACUAUCUUAUCGAAGAGCAAGAUGUCGAUGAUUUACGGUUUACCGCUGGUAAAGGUUUCAUAUCAUUCCGUGAGGGUAUAAGGGAGGAAGUAGAAGAAAUCCUCAAGGAAGAAAGUGGCAGCUAGCUCCUUAUCAAACAACCUACUGCAUAGAUUAUGUGAAGUAUGGCGUAGACUGUAAGCUUACUCAGCUGAAAUUGAGAGAUAUAACCAUGGAGUAAUAAAGAGGGGAAGGGAGUUUCAAUCUUCCUAGUACUUCUGUGUGUCAAUAGCUCAAUGUUGUAGGGAUGAUAUGUCAAAGAAAAACUUUAUUCUUGUAUUCUUUGUACAUCUGGAACAGUUUGUUUUCAUCGUACCAUGUUAGCAAACAACUAUAGGUGAAAACGAUAUCACAUGAGUUUUACUGGAAUACAA